AUGUCCGAUAGAAGCACUAAAAGAGUGUUUCUGGAUAUUGCAAAAGAUGGUGUUAACAUUGGACGGAUUGUCAUUGAGCUUUUCGAUAAAAUUGCACCCAGAACAUGCGAGAACUUUCGCGCUCUCUGUACCGGUGAAUUGGGAAAAGUCGGUGACGUAAAGAUGACCUAUAAAGGAUCGCUUUUUCAUCGCAUUGUUAAAGGAUUCAUGAUACAAGGAGGAGAUAUAACCGCUGGAAAUGGUACCGGUGGAAUGUCGAUAUACGGAAGAACGUUUGACGAUGAGGAAUUCAUGGAGUCGCACUCGGAGCCAUAUUUGUUGUCGAUGGCUAACAAAGGCCCCAAUACCAACAGCUCCCAAUUUUUCAUUACAACAGCGAUAGCUCGCCAUUGCGAUGCCAAACACGUUGUUUUUGGAAGGGUCGUUAAAGGGCAAAGCAUUGUUGAUAUGAUUGAAAAGACACGUGUUAAUGACAACAACAAACCCUUUGAAGAUAUUAUGAUAAUAAAUUGUGGCGAGCUUUUCAAGAGGAAAAAUAAUGAUGAUGAUAAAGGCGAUCGUUCUGAGAGCCCAACUUCGUCUGAAAAGAAAGCUCAAGACGAAAAUGCACUAUCGUCUGUAAAAGCCGAGGAUUUGCCGCCGGAACCAAAAACGACAAACUGGCUUUACAGAAGAUCAAAGACUCCUGAAGGCAAGAAAAGCUCUAAAGAGAAAAACGAUCGGAAGCGUAAUCGUUCUAAGACUCGUAGCAGAAGCCGUAAUCGAAGCAGGAGCCGUAAUCGUAGCCGAAGCCGCAAUCGCAGCAGAAGCCGAAACCGCAGCCGUAGUCGCAAUCGUAGCGGUAGCAGAAGUCGUAGUCACAGCCGCGAUCGCCAGCGUAGGCGGCGUGAGCGUCGUGACAGAGAUCGCUACGAUCGGGAGCGUUAUGAUCGAGGACGCUAUCGUGAUCGCGAGGAUCGUGGACGUUACAGUCGCGGUAGAAGACAUUCACGCUCUCCGCGACGCGAUGACAGAGAUUCCAGAGCUCCGCGAAGCUACUAUGAGACUCGUAACGAUCGCUUGAGCAAGGAUACCGGAACCAAAGUUCGUGGGCGUGGCGAAUUGCUUUAUGGAAAGGAACGUAGUGUGACACCGCCAAGAUGGAAAAGAGAAGAGAGAAAGAAGGUUGCACUUGAAGAUGCAUUGAAGAAACAUCGGCAAGAUGAAGAGCAUAAACGCGAGGCCGUCAAGUCCAGGCUAUCGAAGAUAAAGCCGGAAGAGCUUGUCAAUUUUGAAGAGAAGCCUGUUCAGCGCAAAGGUCCACGAACUCCAGACUCUCCGCCACCUGAUGAAAGGGUUCCGACUCCAGAGUUCCCAGCAAUGCAGAUUCAGGGAACCCAGGAAUAA